CAGACACUGAUUGGAGAUCAGUGGAAGGCUUGGCAGAGAGGGGUAGCAGACACUGAUUGGAGGGUCCAGUGGAGGAAUUGGCAGAGAGGGGUAGCAGACACUGAUUGGAGGCCAGUGCAGGGAUUGGCAGAGAGGGGUGGCAGACACUGAUUGGAGGUCAGUGG